ACUAACGGGUGAAGUCACGUGACCGCAUGCAUUAAGAGUGUACAAGAGGGACGAUGUUCAGUCUACACAAUCUUAAGCGCAAUAUGGCAACAACGCCAAAAGUUGUGCUCUUGGCAUGUGGCUCUUUUAAUCCCGUGACGAAUAUGCAUCUUCGGAUGUUUGAGCUAGCAAGGGAUGCUUUGAAUAGGACUGGGCGCUUCAACGUUAUUGAUGGGAUUAUUUCCCCAGUCAGUGAUGCUUAUCAAAAAAAGGACCUGGUUUCAGCAAAACAUAGAUGUGCCAUGCUUAGAUUGGCUCUUGAGUCAUCCAACUGCAAAUGGAUCAGUCUGGAUACAUGGGAGUCAGAUCAAUCUAAAUGGUCAACGACAGAGAGCGUAAUGGCUCAUUUUCGGGAAGUGCUUGAUAAUAAAUUUAAUGCCAACUUCAAACCCACACAAAAGCGAAGACGAAAAAUUGAAAACAAUGAAGAUGAAUGUCCAAACACAAGUGGAAGAGGAAGUGAAGCUGACGUGGACAAUAUUCCCAAGAUUAUAAUAGAUGAGCAGCCCCCACUACUGAAACUGCUUUGUGGGGCAGAUCUCUUGGAGUCAUUUGGAACACCUGGCCUCUGGGCAGAUGAGGAUAUAGAGAAAAUUGUUGGCAAACAUGGACUUGUUUGCAUUACUAGAGCUGGAUCUGACCCAUCAAAGUUUAUCUAUGAAUCUGAUGUCCUGUCAAAAUACCAGGAGAAUAUUCACAUAGUGACAGAAUGGAUAUACAAUGAUAUAAGCUCCACAAAAAUUAGGCGAGCUCUUAGAAGAGGAGAGAGUGUCAAGUAUUUACUGCCAGAUUCUGUAAUUGAAUAUGUACGCGAACAUGAGCUUUAUGGUGUACCUGAUAAUAAGUAUAUCAAUCACUUAAUGCCCUCGCCGAAUGAUGAAGCCAUGCUCUCACCUGAGCCAGAGGAGGACAACAGCUCAUCAUCAGGUGAAAUCAGCAUGGUGCUUCGAUCAGCAGAUUCUCUAAGUUCCCGAGAUACCAAUGACACGUCAUCGCUUCUUUCUAUUGAGAGAAGCCCAGCAAGGCUUGAACCUUCACCAAAACAUGUUCCUUGUAUGACUGACCUUGGGACCUUGGUGCGACGUGUGAAAAACUACAAUCUCAGAGUUUUCCAGGCAAGCAAGAUCACUACAACCCCUGAAUAGCACCUACCAGCUGCAAGGACUCCUCUCUUCACAGCUAACAUGCUGUUGAUUAGCUACAGCUCUCAUCGUCAAAUACUCAUGUAAUUUUAACAGACAAGUUAUCACACACCUUGUUCAUAUACUACAAAUACAUACACUGUGGCUGGCUUUAAACCUUUUUGUACAUAAAUGUGAAAACUGUUAAAGCAAAUUGUAUUUUAAAAGUAUAUAUGUAUAUAGUGUACCUGUUUUUGUAUAUAAGCACACACACAUGCCUAAAAUAUUUUUCAGAAUUUGAAAAAAAAAACUGAUGAGAAAUAUUAUAUGGUCAGUCGAAUGCAGCUUUGAAAGCUGCACAUUUUUCUCAGCAUGUUGCAAGUCAUUGUAUAGACAUGAGUAAAUGUUGUAGCAGUAUAAUGGGUUUACUUUGAUGUUAUGAUCAUGUAUGGAGCUAUUUAUGCGCAGUCCCCACCCUCUUCCUCUGUGUUCCUACCGACCAUGCACCUCACCUGUUGGCUUUAUUGUGACGACAUUGGUUUCACUACAGGCCACAUUUCAUGUAGUCAAAUGCCUCUAAUUUUCUUUUUAACUUCUGAAGCCAACAUUAUGAUAUUAUGUUGUGGUACUCAAAACCUCUAUAAAACAAAUUAAAAGUGAAUUGUUUUCAUCUGUUGUUUAAAAAAGCAAAAAAGUUUAGUGACUGGAAAAAAUUCACUGGGAAGUGAGAGUUUUAGGGGGCAUAGCUGGGUUGUAAUGCAUUCAGGUGUUGCAGAUUUGUUUGACAAGCAUAAGCAUAUAACAAUUCUAGAUAUUAUCAUACUUUUUUCCAAAUAAUUCCAUGAUUUAAAAUUUUUUAUAGCUGUGCAUUGUUAAAUGUUUAAAAGGGGGGUAAAAAUGUAGUUAACUGGAAGAGAGGACCUGAGUUCAGGGGUGAUAAAAAAUAUUAGGAACCCCUGACGCUCAUAGGAAGAGGAAUUGAAUACUGGCAUAACAAAAGGAUGAUAUAGUGUGUGGCCAGCCUAUGAAGUAGUGAUAGGUGUGAUAUGUUUUCAUACAAAUGAACUCGGACUUUAUCCAGCUGGUCACCAAUUUUAUUUUCAGCAUCCUUUAGGUCCUAACUAUUUGGUGUUUGAAGAAAAAUGUAAAAUAACUUUUAUAGUUUUUAAUCCAUAAUUUGCAGGCAAAUUCAAAUAUUUUAAAGCAUUCUGAUAUUUCUAGAACAAAUCAACUGCUGCUUUAAGAAAAAUUAGUAAAAUAGUCUACACCAAACUUGAGAGAAAUCCUGCUAAUGAAAGAGUCAUACCCAGUCUUAAAGUAAACAGGAGGAAGAACACCAUAUAGGAGAUAAUUUAUUCUUAUGCACACUUGGAAUGGUUUUAUUUUAAUGCACUAUGGGUACUGUAAUGCCUAUUUACAAAGGUAAAGGUUUUACUGCAAAAUUAAGAAAACUGUUGAUGCAAGAUGAGUGGACUAAUAUGAUAUUCUGUGACCUUUGAGAUGGUUGGGGGUGAUCUACAACAGUAAUUGUACUGUGCAGGCGAUAAGUAAUUGUACCGUGCUAGCUGGUUGCUGGCACCAAUUACCAAGUGAUAUACAUUAUUCCAGUGUAUUGUGCAAUAAAAUAGCAUGAUAUGAUACUUAUGCCACAUGGCUUUCAAGGUGAAGAUGAACUUAAGUGAUGUCCAAAAUCUGGCAGGUUUUGGAAUUAUCUUUUAUGUGAUACUGCAAACAAAACUGUGUUUAUUAUUAUACAUUGUUGGAGUUGUCAUUUAACUGUGCCACUAGAUUACUUUUUUAUACUUACUGUUUAUUUAUAAUAAAUAAAUAAACAUAGUAACAGUA